AUGGCUGACGUCGAACAAGAUGUUUCCGCCGCAGCUUCUCUUGCGAAAAAGAGAACGUUUAAGAAGUUCUCCUAUAGAGGAGUCGAUCUCGAAGCUCUUCUUGACAUGCCUACAAAUGAUAUUGUUCACCUCUUCAGCUCCCGAAUUCGAAGAAGGUUGUCUAGAGGAUUGACGAGGAAGCCUAUGGCCCUUAUCAAGAAAUUGCGCAAUGCGAAAAGAGAAGCACCUUCUGGUGAGAAGCCAGAAGUAGUGAGAACACAUCUGAGGAACAUGGUGAUUAUGCCUGAAAUGAUUGGAAGCCUCAUCGGUGUGUACAAUGGAAAGACGUUUAACCAAAUCGAGAUCAAACCGGAGAUGAUUGGACAUUACUUGGCUGAGUUCUCAAUCUCAUACAAGCCGGUUAAGCACGGUAAACCCGGUCAAGGAGCCACACAUUCCUCUAGGUUUAUCCCUCUCAAGUGA